UCUAUAGUAAAGUUGCUGCUUAAUCAGUGUGGCGUGGCGCUGUACCUUGUGAAGAGAUGAGUGGGAAACGGCCGGCGGAGCCUGGCCCAGCUCGGGUGGGGAAAAAAGGAAAAAAGGAGGUGAUGGCUGAGUUUUCGGAUGCUGUCACAGAAGAAACCUUGAAAAAGCAAGUGGCUGAGGCCUGGAGUCGCCGGACGUCAUUCAGUCACGAAGCCAUCAUCAUGGACAUGGACCCCUUCCUUCACUGUGUGAUCCCAGACUUCAUCAAAAGUCAAGACUUCUUGGAAGGGCUUCAGAAGGAACUUUUGAGCUUGGACUUCCAUGAAAAGUAUAAUGAUUUAUAUAAGUUCCAGCAGUCUGAUGAUUUGAAGAAGAGGAGAGAACCUCACAUCUCUGCUUUAAGGAAAGUUCUGUUUGAAGACUUCCGGGCCUGGCUUUCUGACAUUUCUGAGAUUGACCUGGAAUCAACCAUUGACAUGUCCUGUGCUAAAUAUGAAUUCACUGAUGCCCUGCUCUGCCAUGAUGAUGAGUUGGAAGGACGCCGAAUCGCCUUCAUUCUGUACCUGGUUCCUUCCUGGGACAGGAGCUUAGGGGGCACCCUGGACCUGUACGACACUGACGAACACUUUCAGCCGAAGCAGAUCGUCAAGUCUCUUAUCCCUGCAUGGAACAAACUGGUUUUCUUUGAAGUGUCUCCAGUAUCCUUUCACCAGGUGUCUGAAGUCCUGUCGGAAGAAAAAUCACGUUUGUCUAUAAGCGGCUGGUUUCAUGGUCCAUCAUUAACCAGGCCUCCCAACUACUUCGAACCACUCAUACCUCGGAGCCCUCACAUCCCACAAGAUCAUGAAAUUUUGUAUGAUUGGAUCAACCCUACUUAUCUGGACAUGGAUUACCAAGUUCAAAUUCAAGAAGAGUUUGAAGAAAGUUCUGAAAUUCUCCUGAAGGACUUUCUUAAGCCUGAGAAAUUCGCAAAGGUCUGUGAGGCCUUGGAGCAAGGAGAUGUGGAGUGGAGCAGCCGAGGCCCCCCUAACAAAAGGUUCUAUGAGAAAGCUGAGGAGAGCAAGCUUCCUGGUGUACUCAAGGGCUGCAUGGACUUAUUUCGCUCCGAGGCCCUGUUCUUGCUGCUGUCCAACUUUACUGGUCUGAAGCUUCACUUCUUGGCCCCUUCAGAGGAAGAUGAGACUGAUGACAAAAAAGGAGAGGCAGCCUCUACUGCUGAGGGCACUGAAGAAGGGACUAGCCAUAGCCCCUCUGAGCCAGGGAAUACUCAGAUGACCACUGGCAGCAACAGCCAACAGAGCGAUGAACAGACAGACCCGGAGCCAGAGGAAAACGAAGCAAAGAAAGAAUCAAGUGUUCCCACGUGCCAGGGGGAACUGAGGCAGUGGAAGACGGGUCACUACACAUUAAUCCAUGACAACAGCAAGACAGAAUUUGCCCUGGAUCUCCUUCUCUACUGUGGUUGUGAAGGUUGGGAGCCAGAAUACGGUGGCUUUACUUCCUACAUUGCCAAAGGUGAAGAUGAAGAGCUUCUAACAGUGAAUCCAGAAAACAAUUCUUUGGCAUUGGUCUACAGAGAUAGAGAGACUCUGAAAUUUGUCAAGCAUAUUAACCACCGAAGCCUAGAACAAAAGAAGACGUUUCCAAACAGAACGGGUUUCUGGGACUUUUCAUUCGUCUAUUAUGAAUGACAGGACUGUGCGUCGGUACGUGGUGGGAAGUCCGGCCCAGCUGGUCCUGGAGUAAAGGCUAGCUACUAGGUGGGUUGGUCUAACUGUGCUCCUAAAGCCUGUGGCCUGCACUAGGACUCAGAGUAAUCAUCUUCAGCCUAGACGUUGAGCUGGAACUAUGUACUUAGCCCCUGAUUUGAAGAGAACAAAACUUGCCUUUUUAACACUGAGUUCUUUGUUUCA